AUGCCGUUGAAUGCCUCGGGCAAGCUGGAUCGACGCGCCAUCAGAGAUCUAGUGACGGCCAUCUCCCCGCCGGAUCGCCAGCCCUAUCUAUCAACGAGCGAGGAGGUCGGCGUCGAGCCGGCCACGCCCCUUCAGCGCGAGCUGCAGAACCUCUGGGCUACCGCAUUGCGCGUGCCUGUCUCGCAGAUCAAUCUCCACGACAACUUCUUCCAGAUUGGCGGCGACUCGGUGGUCGCGAUGCGCAUGGUGGCGAGCGCGGCGGGCCGCGAGCUCCAAGUCACUGUGGCGGAUCUCUUCCAACAGCCCCGACUGGUGGAUUUGGCAGAACGCUUGAGCACCCGAUUGCAGGCUGAGAGCACAGAGACUCGGGAGGAUGCUGAUCCUGAGCGGUUCUCCUUAUGGUUGGGUGUUGACCACGCUGACGAGGCGCAGGUGCAAGGGCAGCUGCAGGAGAUCGCGAAGCAAUGCGGGACAGCCGUGGAGAAGAUCCAAGACGUCUAUCCAUGUACGCCCCUGCAGCAAGGACUCAUGGCCAUUACAGGUCGACAGUCCUCGGCGUAUGUCAAUCGCCAGACCUUCACGCUUGACCCGGGUCUAGAUCUCGAUCGCUUCCAGGACGCCUGGCGGACGCUGGUAGCCGUGAUGCCUAUCCUCCGGACACGCAUUGUCGUCGGCAGCGAGUCUGCCACGGCCCUGCACCAGGUCGUCCUUGACGAAGAGAUUGUCUGGCACCAUAGCAGCAGUCUCGAAGACUAUCUGCGCGCCGACCAGCAGGAGGAAAUGGGACUGGGAACGCCGCUUGCGCGAUACGGGUUGGUGAACGACCAGGAGUCCGGCGGGCGGUUCUUUGUGUGGACAGCCCACCACAGCUUGUACGAUGGAUGGAGCACCCUUCUGCUGUAUCGACAUCUUGCGACUAUCUUCCAGACCAGCGAUGUGCCCUCCUCGGUGCCGUUCACUCGAUUUCUCCGGUUUCUUCGCGACCAGGAGGAGGAAGAGGAGAAUGAUAAUGGUAGAGCACAGGAUCGGGCGGCGUACUGGACACAUCAGCUCCAAGGAGACGUGAUGAGCAACUGGCCUCCCCUGCCUCAUGUCGACUAUCGGCCUCGUCCGGGGUUGGAACGGACACGACAAGUCUCGCUGCCUGCCCACGGGUCCGGCGGCGACACGGUGACUGCAUCCAACGUGCUGCGGGCUGCCUGGGCGCUGCUGAUGGCCCAAUACUCGGGCCACGACGAUGUCAUCUUCGCCGCCACUGUAUCGGGUCGGAAUGCGCCGGUGCAAGGGAUUGAGAGCAUUGUGGCGCCUACAAUUACUACCGUACCUGUGCGUGUGCACAUUGACUGGACGCAAGAGGUGACCUCGUUUCUCGCCGCGGUGCAAGAGCAGGCCGCGCAAAUGAUCGACUACGAGCAUACGGGGCUCCAGACAAUCAAGGCCCUCAUCCCGCCAGAGUCUGUCCCGGCACUCGACCUGCGAAAUGUGCUGGUGGUGCAGACCGCCGACGAGGCCGAUGCCCUGCUCCAAUUCCCCGGCGUCCGGCCGUUGACAACCAGCGGGGCGGGCACGGAAUUCGAUAGCCAUGCCCUGACUGUGGACUGCACGCUGAGUCCCACCGACCUACGUGUCGCCAUUCGGUACGAUGAACACAUCGUGCCCACACCCCAGGUGGACCGGAUCCUCGCGCAUCUCAUCCACCUCGUCCAGCAGUUAUAUAACCCUGCCUGCGUCCGAUCCCGCCGUCUGGGCGAACUGAAUCUGAUCAGCCCAGCGGACCAACAGCUGAUCAUUGAGCACAAUGCACAAGUCGACAUCUCUCGUGUUGAUGGGACCAUUCACGAGCUAUUCCGCAAUCAGGUGCACGCACGCGCUAACGCCCCAGCCGUGUGUGCCUGGGAUGGGGACCUGACAUAUCAAGAAUUGUUCGACGAGGCGGUUCGCCUGGCGCACUUCCUGGUCAGCAUCGGCGUCGGUCCCGAGAUGAAGGUCGGUUUGUGCAUGGAUAAGUCGAGAUGGGCAAUUGUGGCAAUGUUAGGCACACUGUUCGCGGGGGGCGUGAUCGUGCCUCUCGGGGUGACGCAUCCUCUCUCGCGAAUUGGAGUCAUUGUCCACGACACCGCGGCCGAUGUGAUCCUCGUGGACGAAGAGCAGCACGCGCGACUCAGCCCCAUGGCCCUCCCUAUUCGCUUGAUCGUCGUCGACGCCAGCCUUCGCACGGCCCUGCCGGUGCAGACCAGCGCUCCCUCGACCACCGUGUCGCCCGACAACGCCGCCUGGAUCAUCUACACCUCGGGCAGUACAGGGACGCCGAAAGGCGUGGUCUUGGAGCACGGUGGCCUGUGUACGAGCAUGCAGACGCAGGCCCGCAAGAUGAAGAUCACCAGCGAGACGCGCGCACUGCAGUUCUCGCCGUUUACCUUCGACGUCAGUAUCUCGGAUGUGUCGGCCACACUCAUCUACGGUGGCUGCGUGUGUAUCCCGUCCGAGAGUGACCGGCUCAAUGCCCUCGCCGCCACCAUCUGCAGGAUGCAGGUCAAUUUCGCCAGUCUGACCCCUACCGUGGCCCGAUUGCUGUCUCCCGCGGACGCCCCGUCGCUCCGCACGCUGGCCUUGACCGGCGAAGCCCUAACACCGGAAGUCAUCGCGCUCUGGAAUCAGCCCGGCGUCGCCAUCUACAACACCUACGGCCCGUCCGAGGGCUCGGUCUGCACUGCAAAUGGACCGCUGUCGCGCCCUGAGGAGGCACUCGCAAUUGGCACCCCCAUGGCCACGCGUCACUGGGUGGUCCAUCCGCACAGUCAUCACCAGUUGUGUCCCAUCGGUGCCCCGGGAGAAUUGCUGAUCGAGGGCCCGCUGAUGGCCCGAGAGUAUCUCAAUAACCCUCAGAAGACGGCCGCAGCCUUUGUGGUCCCGCCGGCUUUCUUGUCUUUGCCUUCGGGCUAUCGCAUCUAUCGCACCGGCGAUCUAGUCUGCCAGCACGCGGAUGGAUCCUUCACCUACCUCGGACGACGAGACACGCAGGUCAAGAUCCGGGGCCAACGCGUGGAAAUUGGCGAGAUCGAACACCAGAUCAUGCAGCAGUUGGCCGACGCGCAGACCUCCGUGGUGCAUCUGCUC